GGUCUCCGCCCCGAAGAACCUGCUGUCUGGACAUUUCUGCACCCCCCAGAAAAGAUGGCAGAAGCUCACGCAGGCUCUGGGAAGGUGACCCUGUUCCACCAGGAAGCUCCCAGCCAAUUACCAAAUUCCGCCAGGAAGCACCAAGUCACUUACCGAAUUCCGGCCCUGCUAUUCUUACCUGAGGAAUCCAUUUUCCUGGCCUUCGCAGAAAGACGCUUCUCACCCAGAGAUGAACAUGCCAAGCACCUGGUGAUGAGACGAGGGCGGAAGGAAGGGAUGUCUGUCCAGUGGGGUCCUCAAGAGUACUUGAUGACCAUCAUUUUGCCUGACCAUCGCACCAUGAAUCCUUGCCCGGUGUAUGAGAAGAAAAAUGGAAGAAUUUUCCUGUUCUUUAUCUGCGUCCAGGGAGAUGUCACAGAAUCGCAGCAGCUCAAGUCGGGGAGGAACGCUGCCAAGCUGUGCUACGUCUCGAGCCACGAUGGCGGCCACAAAUGGAGCCCGUUGACUGAUUUGACCCAUGAGGUGAUCGGAGACGACUUGAAAAACUGGGCCACCUUCGCUGUCGGGCCUGGCCACGGGUUGCAGACGAGCUCUGGGCGUUUGGUGAUUCCUGCCUAUGCCUACUACAUCCGCAGGAAUUGCCUAAACCCCCUAGCAGCCACCUGCUCAAGGCCACACUCCUUUAUUUUCUUCAGUGAUGACUAUGGGCAAAACUGGGCACGGGGCGAGCUCCUGAAGAGCUUGCGGACCGGAGAAUGCCAGGUUGCCGAGGUGAUCCGCCAAGACAACCGUUGUGUGUUAUACUGCAAUGCCCGCAGUCCAGAUGGGUAUAGAAUUGUAGCCUUCAGUAAAGACUGUGGAAGCCAUUUUGAAGAACCCUUCCAGGAGAUGCCGGAGACAGGAAAUGGUUGCCAGGGCAGCGUGGUGAGCUUCACCCCAGUGCGGAAGUCUGUGGAGCUAGGCCCAAAAGAUAAUAUAGCUGUAAUGACUCCCUUUCUGGGCAGCCAUCACUCAAAUGCUCCCAACGCCACUAGGUCCUGGAUGCUUUUCUCCCACCCCACAAGCAGACAAAAGCGAGUCAACCUGGGAAUCUACCUCAGCACCUCUCCGCUGGCAAAGUACAGCUGGAAGGCCCCCUGGGUGCUGUAUGAGGGGCCCAGCGGCUACUCGGACCUGGCGGUGUGUGAGGAGGGCCAGGCAGUGCUCUUUGGCUGCUUGUUUGAAUGCGGAGUGUCCAAUGAAUAUGAGGAGAUCGCCUUCCAACUCUUCACUGACAUGGAUCUCCUGAGAAACGUGAAGGAAGGCUGAUCUUGAGGCACCGUUCCCUCAGAGGUGUGCGGCACUGACAUGGAUCUCCUGAGAAACGUGAAGGAAGGCUGAUCUUGAGGCACCGUUCCCUCAGAGAUAGAUGUGCGGCUGCCGUAAAUUUAAGUCUAGGAUAUUUAGCCCUCCAGAAACUGAAAAUGAGAUCCUUUUUGUUUUCCUUCCAACUUUUGCUCAGUCAUUGGCUUGGAGCCCUGAGGUGAAGUCUUCACAAAAUGGCCGCCACUCAACCAAAAGGCCGUCCAGUACAGGGCACAGAAGAACUGCUUUACAGGCCCGGCACUAGAGGUUCUGGCCAAACCCGCGCCCCCGCCAGUGACGUCAUUGGGCCGUGCGCGCUUCGUGCGAACGCUCAGCCUGCCGUUCUCCAGAGGCAGCCGGGAAGAGGCCACCUCCUCCUUUCUUCGUUCUUUGAGAAUGCAUGGUUUGGACCGCCCCUUGCCCGGCCCUCUCUGGCUUUGCAGGGUUGGCGUGAGUUGGGAUGGGGAGGGGCUGUCUGCCCCCCUGCCGCGAGGUGGGACCCCAGGCCGCUGCCUGCCUCACCGACUCCCAUGCGUUGACCCUGCUGCUUCCUGCCAUGUCUUUAAGCUGAUGAUGAUAGUUUCCUACGAUUCAAGGAUCCCAUAACAGACUUGGCCUAAAGCCUGAAUGGUUGUUUUGCAUUUCCUCUGAACUGUAUUUCUGGCACACAUUUCAGCCUCUGCACUUCCUUCCUCUGUAUUUUCAAGAGACAGUUUUCUAAAUUUCAAGGAUGAAAAGCAUGAUGUCGUCUUGGAAAAGGCAAAGGAAGACUUCCAGGACCAGGGUAUAGGCCUUUUUUCAUUCCCCACUCUGCAGAGUUUAAUCUUUAUCCUUGCAUCUUACGUUUUUCCUGCAGUGCUGGCAUGUUGUUGGUUCCUAAAUGUUUUAAAUAGAUGCAAUAAAUUUUAAAUUGUGAUUAGAUGAAAUAAAUUUUAAAUUAUAAACGGAUGAAAUAAA